AUGGAUGAGAAGGAGAACAGCACAGGCAGUGUGGGGAGCCUGCAGCCUUCCAGUAUCCACGUUUUUGCCAACACUUCAUCCCUUCAUGGAAUCAGGCACAUAUUUGUGUAUGGACCAAUGACCAUGCGGCGAUUCAUGUGGACUGUGGUAUUUAUUGGCUCCCUAGGCCUACUCGUGGUGGAAUGCGCAGAGCGGGUAGCAUUUUACUUCUCAUACCCGCAUGUUGCCAAGCUGGAAGAGGUGGCCACAAACAAUCUGGUCUUUCCUGCCGUUACUAUCUGCAACUUGAAUGAGUUUCGCUUUUCAAAGCUGACAGUAAAUGAUCUGUACCAUGCUGGUGAGCUCCUGGGACUGCUCAAUGUGCACCUAGAGAUCCAGAGCCCCCAUUUGGCUGACCCCAUUGUGCUGAAAGCCCUCAAGAAGAAAGCUGAUUUUACACAUUACAAACCAAGGGUAUUCAACAUGCGUGAGUUUUAUGAUCGCGUUGGUCACAAUCUCAAGGAUAUGAUGCUGUACUGCAAGUUCCGGGGAGUUCGAUGUACUCAUAAAGACUUCAAAACAUCUGAUCCAGACCAAACUGAGCCAAAACCACAGUCUGAAAGAGACUGGAAACAGUCCAAAGCCGAACUAUGCCACAUAACACUCCAAAACAACCUGAAAAAUAAGUCUGAACCAGGCCAAAUUGGGCCAAAAAUUGAAUUCUGA